AUGGGCAAACCAAGAUUGAUCAUCAUCAUCCGUCAUGCACAAUCUGAGGGCAACCGGGACAAGACGAUUCACCAAACCACCCCUGACCACAAAGUCGGUCUGACUCCUGAAGGACAUCGACAGGCUCUGGAGGCUGGGCAGAAACUUCGUGAACUCCUCCGCGAAGACGACACAUUGCACUUCUUUAUUUCGCCAUACAGAAGAACACGAGAGACAACAGAAGGUAUCUUGAACGGAUUGACGUCCAACGACCCAGCCCCGUCACCCUUCCAAAGAUCCCACAUCAAAGUAUACGAGGAACCCCGCCUGCGGGAACAGGAUUUUGGCAAUUUCCAACCUGGAGCUGAAGAAGUCGAACGGUUGUGGAGAGAACGUGCAGAGUACGGUCACUUCUUUUAUCGGAUUCCGAACGGCGAAAGCGGCGCAGAUGUCUAUGACCGAGUAUCGUCCUUCAAUGGCUCGCUUUGGCGGCGCUUCCAGGAAGAUAACAUGGCCAGUGUGGCGAUUCUGGUCACCCACGGUCUGUGCAGUCGCAUUUUCUUGAUGGUUUGGUAUCAUUACAGCGUGGAGUUCUUCGAGGAUCUCCGAAACAUCAACCACUGCGAGUUUUUGGUCAUGAAGCAGGCGGCGAAUGGGAGAUACGUCCUACAGAAUCAGUUACGCCGGUGGUCCGACCUUAGAAAGGAGCGGGCCGCUGCUCGACGAAGCAUCUCGUCCGCCUCAACACCUGUCAUUCCCGAAACGAUUCCUGUCAGACGGUGGACUUCUCACAGGACAGCCAAUGACCCUACAGGUGCGAGUUACUUGCCACGGCCGGAACGGAAGAGCACACAAGAGAUGUUUAACGAUGACCCUCCAGUGGAGGAAGAAACUACAUCUACACAGAACCCGGCCGAAACUGUGAGUGUAAGACGGAUAAGCAAUUCUUCUACCAGGGAGCCAAGCCGAACCCGAGUACGUUCCACGAGCAACCUACGCAUGUCCAUCAGUAACCUGUCACUGGACACUGGAAGGAAAACGCCCUUGACAGGCAUAAAGUCGUACCUCGGCCGAGAUGGUGGAGGCACACGGUCUGGUCACGGCUCGCCAUUUGGAUCGGACGAUGAAGCGAGCCCGGACACACCACCGCAAGAAACGGUCCCAGAGGCGAUAGAUCCUAGCGGGCCAAAAUUGUCCACAUCUUUGGCGCGGGCUCUGAGAGGUGACUUCGAUGAUGACAAUCGAGUCAUGGCAGACGCCCUAGGGGACCAAAGUGAUGCAGAUGUUGACGAAGCCGACCGUGAGAUUGGUACCAAGGCACGCGAGGCCAAAGAGAUGGAGAAGAUAUUGGCCGAGGAAAGGCAAGAAAGGAGUCGUAGUGGGAGUGUUUACUAG